AUGUCAACAACAUCAACACCCACUUCAACUUCAACUUCAACUUCAAUCGAUCCAUUCAAUUCAUCUCAACAUCCUAAUCCAAGAAGAAAUUCGAUUUGUAAAUCUACUUUACCUAUCAAUCCUAUUACCAACACUAUCAUCAAAUCUAAACCACCAAGACAUUCGAUUCAUCAAAUCAUUAACUCAAAUCCAAUUCAACCAUCAUCAACUACAAAACCAAGUUCACCAUCUAAACCAUCAAAUCAUUAUUCCAACGGAUUUUUAAAUUCAUCUACUUCUUCUACCACCACUUCUCUUACCUUACAUCAUAAUUCAUCUCCUGCUUCAAUCUCAUUUGAUAAACCUUCUACAAUCUCAUUCUUAUCAGAUUUGAUUUCCAACAACGAUUCGAUUUCCUCACCAACCCAUCCACUCAAACUCAAUCGAUACACUCUAAGUUCUUCUACUUCUACUCCUCUUAACUCUUCAUCCAACACUAUGCCCAGUUCACCGAUCACCAGUACAAGUAAUUCGAAUUCCACUUCCACGAACUCUUCAAACCUAUCAAACCCUCAUAUCUCUACAUCUAGCACCACUCCUACUCCAAACACUUCAUUGACAACUAGUACCAGAGCAGGUCCUUCACGUUCGAAUACCUUGACCGUCCCAUUGAACCAUGCAUCCAACUCGAUCAAUAAUCCAAGGAACGGUAGAGGACUUCGCUCUUCUGAUGCACCUAACAAUCAAUCACUUCAAUCUUCUUCUUCUUCUUCACAAUCACCACAACCACCUCAACAAGUACCCACCUCGCCUUCUCCCUCCAGAGGAGAACCUAGCAACGGCGCGAUCUCGACAAACCCUCAAACAGGUCAAUUAGAAGCUAAAGUAGUGAUCUUAGGAAUGCAAGGAGUAGGAAAAACUUCAAUUGUACAUCGCUAUACGACCGGUUCAUUUAGUUAUUCAUUAGCAUCUACCAUUGGUGCAUCCUUUUGUACUAAGAAACUAUCAGUGGAUGGAUGUAAAGUGAGAUUACAAAUCUGGGAUACAGCAGGACAAGAACGGUUUAGAAGUAUGGCUCCUAUGUAUUAUAGAGGUGCAAAUGCUGCGAUUCUAGUUUACGAUAUCACCAACCAAUCAUCAUUCGAAGAUAUCCAAAACUGGCUCCACGAAUUAAGUGCGAAUAUGAGUCCAGAACUAGUGAUUCAGAUUGUAGGAUCUAAAGCUGAUUUAGCAACCGAUAAAAGAUCAGUGGAAUUAGAAGUAGCUUACCAACAAAUUCUCGAAUGGACCGAAUCUUUUCCGUUCACGAACCAUGCUCAAAGUAAUUCUAGAGGAGAAGUGGGUCAUAGUUGGCCAGAUUUGGCGAUCACUGAGGUUUCGGCUAAAGACGAUUUCGGUAUAGAAGAUAUGUUUUUAGUCGUCACAAGAAGAUUGGUGAUGAGAAAAGCAGAAAUUGAAGAAAUCAGAUUAAGGAAAUCAAGAGAAUCUGUCUUGAUCGAACCUAGAAACUUAAAUCAAUCUAAUUCAAAUCAUCAUGACCGAAAUCAGAAUGGAACUGGUUGGUGUUGUUAA